AUGGAUGCGCCAGAGCCGGAUACCCCUUUCGCCGCCGUGAGCUCGCAAGCAACCCGGUUUGGACAGAUUUAUCAGGCGUAUCUCGACAAAUCAACUCCGUACGUUCCGUACCGAUGGGUGGGUACAGGCACAGUGUUCGUUCUAUUCGGUCUUAGAAUCAUUUUUGCGCAAGGAUGGUAUAUUGUCGCCUACUCCCUCGGUAUCUACCUCCUAAACCUUUUUCUCGCCUUCAUUUCGCCAAAAUUCGACCCUUCGUUAGAACAGGAUGAAGGGAUGGAGGAGGGCUCCAGCGGACUCCCAACCAAAGAAGAGGAUGAAUUCAGACCUUUCGUGAGAAGGCUCCCAGAGUUCAAGUUCUGGUACGCGGCCACCCGGGCCAUUGUUAUCGGCUUCUUCUGCAGUUGGUUCGAAAUGUUCAACCUUCCAGUCUUCUGGCCGGUGCUAGUUGUGUACUGGUUCAUUCUGGUCGCAUUGACUAUGAGGCGCCAAAUCCAACACAUGAUCAAAUACCGAUACGUCCCCUUCACCGUCGGCAAGAAGCGCUUUUCCAAUGCCAAAUAA